GUCCUACCCAUGUUUUACCCUCCCAAGUCAAUGGUCUAAUCAUAUGCUAAGUUAAUAAAGACAUUCCAAAAGUGUUUAGGGAUUUGAGAGCAAGUUCAAGAGGAGAAAAUUGAAGGGGUUUCAAGCAUUCAUUCAAGGGUUGGGGUUUUCGCCAAGAACAAGUGUUCUUCGAGUGAACGAUGGCUUUUUCGGGAUCUAAAGAAGAUGGAAGAGAGGUGAAGAUUUACGAGUAUUUGGAUGAACUAAGCACUGAUCUAGCAGACUAUAUUUCAGAACUCUCCGAAGCUUCUGUGAAAGAGAGGGGAGUAUUUGCCAUCGCGUUAUCUGGUGGAUCACUCAUUAGCUUAAUUACAAAACUAUGUGAAGUCCCUUACAGCAAGACUGUUGAUUGGUCCAAAUGGUAUAUAUUUUGGGUGGACGAACGUGUUGUGGCGAAGAAUCAUGUUGAUAGUAAUUACAAGCUCGCCAAAGAUGUUUUUUUGUCUAAGGUCCCUAUAGUUCCAAGCCAUGUACAUUCGAUUAACGACACAGUGACAGCUGAGAAGGCUGCUGAAGACUAUGAGUUUGUAAUUAGACAGCUAGUAAGGACUCGUGUAAUCAGCGUUUCAGACGUUAGUGACUGCCCCAAGUUUGACCUCAUCUUACUCGGGAUGGGACCUGACGGUCACAUUGCAUCUCUAUUCCCUGAUCACUCCAUACUCGAUGAGAAAGACGAGUGGGUAACUUUUGUUACCGACUCACCUAAGCCUCCUCCGGAGAGGAUUACUUUUACUUUGCCUGUCAUUAACUCUGCUUCUAAUGUGGCUGUGGUUGUAACUGGAAGCAGCAAAGCAGAGGCUGCACAUUUGGCAAUUGAUGAUGUCGGACCUGACGUUCCGUCAUCGCCUGCAAAGAUGGUCCAGCCAAAUAAAGGGAAAUUAGUAUGGUAUCUGGAUAAAGCAGCUGCCUCAAAACUAGAUUGCACAAAAUUUUCAGAGUAGGGCCUAAGGGUUACAACAAGUUCCCCUCUUGUCAACAAAAUGUACAACAAUAUGGGGCACAAAGCAUGUGGAACUUAGUACAUUCUAAUCUUUUGUCAGGAUUUUAUAGUUCCAUCUUUUCUUAAUUUAGUGUGGUUAUUGACCUUUUGUGAUGGAUCAAGUAUAUUCCCUAUUUUUAUGCAAGGGGACAUCAAUAAUAGAUCCUUACCAUGACCUAUGUUGUUCGGACUUUUAAAAAAAUUUGUCACACUAUUAUCGAAUCCUUUCAAAAUGUACUAUUUUUGGAGAA